GGCUUCUUCGACAGCCAGAGCCGACGAGAUCUAUGCAAAUGGUUAACGGACAGUUCUGGGGGGCACUUCACCAAAGCGUGGAUCAUGUGUUCAGGUUCUGAAGCGGUGGAAGCUGCAACAAAGCUUGCCCGCGAGUAUUUUGUGUGGACGGGUGAGCCCCAGCGCAUCAAUUACAUCGCCAGACAGGAGUCGUACCAUGGGACCACCCUGGGAACACUAUCUAUAGGAGGACACCUAAGUAGACGGGGCCCGUUUGAACCACUCCUGAUGCCCAAUGUUUAUCGAAUACCAGCUUGCAACCCUUAUAGACAGAGAUAUGCAGGAGAAUCUGAUGACGAGUUUGUCUCUCGCAAGGCGGGCGAGCUAGAGCAAGCGUUUAUUAGGGCUGGGCCCAAUACUGUGGCGGCAUUCAUAGCCGAGCCUGUCGUUGGGGCUGCUGCCGGCUGCUUGCCCUCUGUCCCUGGCUACUUCCCUGCUAUGAAAGCCGUGUGCGAUAAAUACGGAGCCCUGUUCAUAUUAGACGAGAUCAUGUGUGGGAUGGGAAGAACGGGAACCCUCCAUGCUUGGCAGCAAGAAGGCGUCAUCCCUGAUAUACAAACACUAGGGAAGGGCCUUGGUGGCGGCUACCAGCCAGUCUCUGCCGUCCUAGCAAGCAAGAAAAUCGAGCAGGCGAUGACAGCAAAGAACGCAACCUUCACGCACGGGCACACGUACAUGGACCAUCCCAUCACCUGCGCCGUAGCGCUACGGGUGCAGCAAAUUGUUCAGCGCGAGAACCUCUUACCCAAUGUCCAGGCCCAAGGCCAGUACCUAGAGGAACUGCUCCGAGACAGGCUGGGAAGCCAUCCCAAUGUCGGCGACAUCCGGGGCAAAGGUUUGUUCUGGGGCGUCGAGUUUGUCCGAGACAAGGAGACCAAAGAAUCAUUUGACCCAGAAUUGCAGCUCUCGCGCCGCAUCCACGAGGCGACCUUGCGCCCCCCUCACAACAUGGCAGUCUACUAUGGCCAGGGGUGCGCUGGGCACAGCAGGGGCGACCAUAUCAUGAUCAUGCCUGCGUAUAACAUCACUCGGGAGGUUGUGGAGACUAUAGUUGAUACGUUUGCCGCUGUAGUCAAUGACUUCUUCAGCAAGCCGGAGAUAGGGGCGGGCAAUUGACGAGCUGGGCUGGUGCCAGAAGCCUAGAUUAGGUAGUAGGUAUCUAUCUGCUAGGUAGGCAACAGGCAGGAGAAAUAAGGCAAAAAAGGAAUUUUAUAACUCGAUAUAAAGAGCGGUUUCUACAAUGGUAAAGGGGUUUGCUUAGGUAUAAAUGAGGGACGAUGACGCAGAUAUAUCGUAACGCUACCAUCUCCACUCCGUCUCCCAUCCUCUUCUCUUUUAGGGCAGCAAAUCUUCA